UCAUUGCUUCCUGAUCUGUGAACCCGCGGGUUCCUCCCUGAUCUUUAUUCUGUUAUUCUUUUAUUUUAUUUACAUUUUUAAUUCAAGCACAUUUCUGCACUUAUCAUGUCUAAACCUCCACCUAAACCAGCUAAACCAGGUCAAGUGAAAGUGUUCAGAGCUUUAUUUACCUUUGACCCUCGGACACCGGACGAGCUUUACUUUGAGGAGGGAGAUAUUUUAUACAUCUCAGAUACAAGUGACAGUAACUGGUGGAAGGGAACGUGCAGAGGAAGAACUGGUCUGAUUCCCAGUAAUUAUGUGGCAGAACAGGCCGAGUCCAUCGACAAUCCCAUGCAUGAAGCUGCCAAGAGAGGAAACCUGAGCUGGCUACGGGAGUGUUUGGAUAAUAAAGUGGGCAUCAACGGACUGGAUAAAGCAGGAAACACGGCGCUUUACUGGGCCUGUCAUGGUGGGCACAGAGAUGUGGUGGAGCUGUUACUUGCCCAGCCAAACUGUGAGCUCAAUCAGCAGAAUAAAUUAGGAGAUUCGGCUCUGCACGCCGCGGCAUGGAAGGGGUAUUCAGAUAUCGUGGAGCUGCUGCUCAACAGGAAUGCUAGAACAGAUAUAGUGAAUAAUGAGAAGAAGACGGCGUUGGAGAUGGCCACUAACGCUCAGUGUGCUUCUCUGCUGAAGAGGAAACAGGGCAGCGUGAUCACUCGUACACACAGUAAUGCUGAGGAAUAUCUGGACGAUGAAGAUUCUGAUUGAGCGUCAGCAGCCUGCAAUAAUAACAUUCCAUCACUGUGUGUGUUAGUGAGAGUGUGUGUGUGAGAGUGUGUGAGAGUGUGUGUGAGUGAGAGUGUGUGUGUGUGUGCAGUACAUGAUUUAAUGCUUUAUUAACACACAGCGCUCGGUCUAUAGUGUGUUUACUGAUUCCUGAUCAAUAAUGUCUUCCUACUGGAAUAUUAAACGUGUGUGUGUGUGCGUGUUGCUGUCACUGACUGUCUGAAACAUCUGAGGUGAGGAUGGUUUCAGGUCCUCACAAGCAGUAUAAAUUUUUUUUUAAGUUUUAAUAAAUUCUGGGUUGCUGAGGGUCGGGGUGGGGGGUUCGGUUAUGCUUUAAUCCUCCUCUGUAGUGAAUCUCCUCCUGGCUGCUGUAACAGCGCCUCCUGAUGGCCGGCUGAGGUAUCAGCAGGUGUGGUGGAGGAUUACAAAGAGUGUAGUGUGUUCCUCCGUACAUGUUAAAGCUCUGUGUAUGAAUCCACCACCGUCCGGUGAAAACCGGCGGCUUCACGUGUGUCGGAGGACGCGAGAGCUAAUGUGGGGUCCUCGAGGGUGUGGUACAUAGUAGGGGAACUGAACAUGUGUAAAUUUGAGUUGUUUCUUUAAGACAGCAAUACAGUCAAUAGAGGGACCUGACGGCAGUGUGUGUGAGUGUGGUUUUGUAAUUUUUCAGAGAUUUUAAAGCUUUCCUGAUGAAACUGGAAUUGAGAAGCGUGUUAAUGCUAAUAAAACGUGUUAAUGCUAAUAAAGCAGUUUGAGUUCCUGCCA